AUGUGAGCGACAAUCACUUCCUGGAUAGGGAAAGACGCACAGAGAGAGAGAGAGAGGUGGAACCGAGCGAGCGAGCAAACGAGGUGAGACUGGUGGGCCUGGGCAAAUAAGGACCCCGCAAACUUUGCAUCCGGAGAAAUACCGCGGCGAUCGAAGGGGAGCAGGUUUUAUGGAGGAGAAACAUAGCGGAUGUUUGUCACGCUGCACUGAAGCUCCGCACCCUCCUCCUCCUCCUCGUCCUCCUCCUCCGCCAUGUCCCAGCUGCUGCACGUGGAGAUCCCCAACUUCGGGAGCACGGUGCUGGGCAGCCUGAACGAGCAGCGGCUCCUGGGCCAGUACUGCGACGUGUCCAUCGUGGUGAAGGGCCAGGCGUUCAAGGCGCACCGCGCCGUGCUGGCGGCCAGCAGCCUCUACUUCCGCGACCUGUUCAGCGGCAGCGCCAAGGCGCAGUUCGAGCUGCCGUCCUCGGUGGCGCCCGCCUGCUUCCAGCAGAUCCUGUCCUUCUGCUACACGGGCAAGCUGACCAUGGCGGCCAGCGAGCAGCUGGUGGUGAUGUACACAGCGGGCUACCUGCAGAUCCAGCACAUCGUGGAGCGCGGCAUGGACCUGAUGUUCAAGGCCAACUCGCCGCACUGCGACUCCCAGACGGCCGCCGCGGAGGACCCCGGGUCCGAGCCGCAGAGCCCCAGCGCCCACCCGGCCGCCUCCGUGCUGGGCCCGCCCGGGUGGUCGCCCUCGGUGACGGGCGGGGCGCGGCGGAUCAAGCUGGAGGGCUGCGAGGCUCCGCUGGGGCUCCAGCAGGGCAUCGGCGGCGGGCACAGGCGGGGCGGGGCCGGGGAGGGCGGGGUCCUCGGGGGCCGGCUGGCGCGCGCGGGGGGCGGGGGCUCGCUCUUCUACGCGGGGGCGUUCCCCGGCGCCCAGCCGUACCCCCAAAACCCCGGGGAGAGGUCCAGCCCCGGGGCCUCCAGCCUGCCCACCACCGACAGCCCCACGUCCUACCAGAACGAGGACGAGGAGUUUGAGGAAGAGCCGUACGACGUCGUCGGCGACGAGGCCUACGGCCAGAUCUACGGCCGCUCCGCCAACCACUACGGCGUCCCGGACAAGUCGGACGUGGCGGCCAUGCCGCUGUCGCUGGAGAGCCGGUCCUGCGUGCUGAUUCGCCGGGACCUGGUGGCCCUGCCCGCCAGCCUCAUCAGCCAGAUAGGGUACCGCUGCCACCCCAAACUCUACACCGAGGGGGACCCCGGAGAGAAGCUGGAGCUGGUGGGAGGUACCGGGGUGUUCAUGACCCGAGGGCAGCUGAUGAACUGUCACCUGUGCGCCGGAAUCAAGCACAAAGUGCUUCUGCGUCGCCUUCUUGCCACCUUUUUCGACAGGAACACGCUGGCCAACAGCUGCGGGACGGGCAUCCGGUCCUCCACCAGCGAUCCGAGCCGGAAACCGCUGGACAGCCGCGUUCUCAACGCUGUCAAACUCUACUGUCAGAACUUCGCGCCCAACUUCAAGGAGAGCGAGAUGAACGUGAUCGCGGCGGACAUGUGCACCAACGCCCGGCGCGUGCGGAAGCGCUGGCUCCCCAAGAUCAAGUCCAUGCUGCCGGACGGGAUGGAGGCGUACCGGGGCGGGGCGGGGGCGGGGCUGGGGGCGGGGCUGGGGCUGGGCGUGGGCGGGGCCCAGGCGGCGGGGGGACCGCCCCUGCCCUUCGAGGCGGAGUUCAAGUCCCUGGCCGCCUCGGGCCUGACGCUGGAGCAGCGCCUGUACGGCGAGCUGCGCAAGGAGGGCCUGAGGACUCACCUGCGGCUGGACGGGGACAGCCCCGGGCCGGAGGCCGGCGGCGGCGUGGGCGGCGGCGGCGCCGCCGAGGGGGCGGAGCCACGGCUGGGUGGGGCCCCGGGGGAGGAGGAGCCCGAGGACGAGGAGGAGGAGGAGGAGGCCGUGCUGGAGACGGCGGAGGGCGCCGCCGCCGCCGCCGCCGGGGGGGGCGGGGCCGGCCCGCUGGGGCCCGGGGUCGAGGUGGGCGCUGGGGGAGGGGGCGGGUGUCGGCCCUGCACCCCGGAAGGACAGAAGGGGGACGAUUUUGGGGAGGGGCUGCGAUUAAACGGGCAGUGA